UUUCAGGGAUCGUGGGUCCACAACUCUCAAAUGCAGAAUGUGAUCCACACUGCAUCCCUCACCGCUUCACUUCGGUCGGCAUUCCCUUGACACACGGCACCACAAAGUCCUUCUUUUGGCCCGAGGAUGACGUGAUGGACAUCUACGUGGACGGGAACGGCAUAAAGUUGACCCCUGACCUCGAGCAUCUGCCAAGGGAUCGGUGGCACGAGGUCGAGAUGGAGGUCAACCUGACGGACGAUAAGAUGCUGGACAUAACAGGACGUCACGGGGGCGGGGCAUUUCGUCUCAGCUCCCCAAGCCUUUCCAUUGACGAGUGGAGGAGCUGCGAAGGGAGGUUCUGUUCGGCACUCGCCUUCGGGACGAGCACAGCCAGCUGGUGGGCCUUCAGCUGCGACGCUGCUCCGUGUGGGUGUCCAGAAUUUGCAGAAUGUUCACACACUACUGAACAACGCUGCACCCCCUACAGCUGUCGAGUUCAGCCUCCUCCUCGACCGACCUCAGACGGUGUUUUGGCGUCCAGAGUCCCUUGAAAAGCCAAGAGUCAUUUGGGGCAAGAGACUCGAGCAUUCCUUCGAUCUGGAGGUGAAGGAGGACCUCUUGUUCAGCUGGCUGAGGUUGGAGGUGGUGCUGGUGAAAGGAGGAACCGCCGGAAGAAGAAGCAGCUGCACCCUGAAGGUCCCCCGGCUGAACGUGUCGCAGACGUGUUCCGCCGAGAUCGACACCGAGAUGAUGUUCGACUUCCGGUCCCCCGCCGUGCUGGCCCUCGGGUGCGAUCUACCCCCGGGGGAAGGAGGGGGAUAGUCACCCGGUCGCAGCACGGGCGGGAGGAGGUCUGUGGGGGUGGAUCGCCCUCCCCGUCAUCGCCAUCAUCGUCUGCGUCGGGAUUCUCGCCUUCGUCAUCGCCAGGAGGAGGAGCGAAAAUUUUUAGGCUCGUAUUUCUCCUUAAUUUUUGGCGCUUUUGGUGGUAGUUUUAUUAUCAGUUAUUCGUUGUAUUUUUGUUAUCAUUAUCAUUAUUGUCGAUUUUGUAUUAUUAUCAUUAUUAUUAUUAUCAUUACU